ACGAUUUUCGCUGAUUAAAAAAUUUGCUGUUUUAUCUUCAAGCCAGACGGUUACGAUUUUAUAAAUGAAGACACGCAUCUAAUACGUGAAUUGAGUCCAUUUCUUCGGAGAAAGUUUAUCUUGCUGGCGAGCAUGCUUUCUAUCAACAAUAAAGUAUUGGUUCAAUGUAACGUAAAAUCGCAGAGCCGUAGGUUUAAUUUUUAAUUUAUUAAGCAAUGGAAAAUAAUGGUGCGUUUUCGAUAAAAGGGAAUCCGCAGGUAGCCACUAACAUUAAAUACGAGAUGCGGCACGUUUCGAGAGAAAAACGUGCUCAGAUUUUGGGUUGCGGUGACCAAAAAACCUUCCGGGGUUGCACUGUGUGGUUUACGGGACUGUCUGGGGCUGGAAAAACCUCCAUAUCCUUUGCUUUGGAGGAAUUUCUUGUUUCAAAUGGCAUUCCAGCUUAUAGUUUGGACGGAGACAAUAUGAGAACAGGUCUUAAUAAAAACUUGGGCUUUUCAAAAGAAGACCGAGAAGAAAAUGUUCGUCGAAUUUUUGAGGUUUCUAAGUUAUUUGCCGAUGCCGGACACAUUUGCCUUUGCAGCUUCGUGUCGCCAUUUAAAUCGGAAAGAGAAAAAGCUCGAAAAUCUCAUGAAGAAGGCAAUCUUCCAUUUUUCGAAGUGUUUGUUGAUACACCCAUGCAAGUGUGCGAGAAGCGAGAUAUAAAAGGUUUAUAUAAGAAAGCGAGGCAAGGCUUAAUUAAAGGAUUUACCGGUGUAGAUCAGGUAUAUGAAACACCCGAAAAUCCGGACAUUGUUAUUAAAACAACCAAAAGUUCUAUAGAUGAGUGCGUUCAGCUAGUUGUGGAAAUGCUUUGUGAAAAUGGAAUAAUCCCCAAAGAUCUGCAAUACAGCAACAGCCUUAGCAGCCAAACUACAAUUGCAGUAAAAGAACUGUUUGUCUCCAAAGACAAAAGUGAAAUUAUCAAACUGGAAGCCCAUAAUUUGCCGAGAAUCGAUAUGACCACUAUUGAUCUACAAUGGCUGCAAGUGUUGAGCGAAGGAUGGGCAUCUCCUCUAUCUGGAUUUAUGAGAGAAGACGAAUAUCUUCAGGUGUUGCAUUUCAACACUAUAAACUUUGGAGGAACCAUCGUGAACCAAAGUAUUCCUAUUGUUCUACCAAUAUCAACUUUUGUAAAAGAAACAAUAGAAAAUCGUGAUUCAGUUGCUCUUUAUCACAAUGACGAGCUCUAUGCGGUGUUGAGAAAGCCGGAGAUUUAUCUGCACAGAAAAGAAGAAAGAGUCGCUAGAGAAUUCGGUACUACUAAUACAGAUCAUCCACAUAUUAAGCUAAUUUACGAAUCUGGAGAUUGGCUGAUUGGAGGAAACUUGGAAGUGAUUCGAAGAGUCAGGUGGAAUGACGGUUUAGACCAAUACCGGCUCACCCCCAAACAAUUAAGGGAUAAGUUCAAAGCGAUGAAAUCUGAUGCCGUUUUUGCGUUCCAAUUGAGAAACCCUAUCCACAAUGGACAUGCUUUGCUCAUGACAGACACCAAAAGGCAGCUGAAAGAGAAAGGAUACAAAAACCCCGUUUUACUGUUAAAUCCGCUUGGAGGCUGGACUAAAGACGAUGAUGUGCCCCUAAACGUUCGAAUGGAGCAACACGAAGCUGUACUGGAUGAUAAUGUUUUAGAUAAAGAGUCUACUGUAUUGGCUAUUUUUCCCAGUCCUAUGAUGUAUGCAGGACCAACAGAGGUGCAAUGGCACGCAAAAGCUCGCAUGGUAGCUGGAGCGAAUUUUUACAUAGUGGGACGCGAUCCAGCUGGUGUCACUCAUCCAGAAGGCAAAACUGCCACUCCAGAUGGCAACUUAUACGAUGCCACACAUGGAGCUCGCGUUCUUAAGAUGGCACCAGGGUUAACGUCGCUGGAAAUAAUUCCUUUCAGAGUUGCCGCGUAUGAUACUGGCAAAAAGGCGAUGGCCUUCUUCGAGCCCAAAAGGAAAGAGGACUUUGAUUUUAUUUCCGGCACUAGAAUGAGAAAAUAUGCUAGAACCGGAGAAGAUCCACCAGAGGGUUUUAUGGCAACUAAAGCGUGGCGAGUGAUUUCUGAAUACUAUUCUUUGCUGGCAGCACAAUCAUAAGAUAAUGUCAUGGGGAUAAGAAGCCUUCAUUUUGCAAUUAGUUUUAAUGUAUAUACAGGGUGGUGCUCGAUUAAUGUGACAACAUUUACUGACACAUUGGUUCCCCAAAAAUUGCUCUUUAGGCAGUUUUUCUUGUCGAGAUGUAAGGUGUUUAAGUGUAAAUAAAAUGUUAAUGUUUUAUUUAAUAGAUUCUUAGCCAGUUUUUCUACUACCUACAAAGUGUUUCAAGGUUUUAUAGAUCGACAGAUUCUCAUUCUUGUUCUCGAUAUUUUGGAACAAAAAAUGUGUACUUUGUUUGCAAAAACUUUGUUUUAAUUUUUAUUUCACAUUGAAAUAUCUAGUGAUUUUUUGAUCAUAACGAAACCAGACAAAAUGCCUUUUAGGGUCAGUUGGGUGUCAGUCAAGUAGAAAAAGAAGUAUUUUCAAAUAAAAAAAUGAAAUAUUGACUUACUAUAUUAUGAAAUAAUAAUUUUCAAAUAUUUUACUGAGUUUAAACAAAAUAUUAAAGUAAUUUUAAACGUGCCUAAGCAAAACUAUCUAAUAUUGGUUAAGUUUUGAUUUAUUGAAAAUUUGAGUUGUUUUGUUCAAAAAUUCACUAGAGAUUUCAAUAUGAAUUAUCUCGAAAACGGUGAGAAGUAUCGACUUGAGAGAAGUGCAUAUUUUUUGUUUAGAAAAUAUCAGAGAAUGAGAAUCUGGCAAUAUUUUAAAAUCCAAAAAAUGUCUGAUGUUUUAAGUUGCUCGAGACAAUUUCAGCAAACGCCCUCUUGCUACAAGCUAAGUAGUAGAGAAUAUGGACUUGUCGAUCUAAAAAAAAACCAUACAAAAUUUGUUUGGUAGAACUGAAACUGGCUCAGAAUUCAUUAAAAGUGAACAGAAAUUUUACCUACGCACCUUUUGUACCUCGGACUCUACUAACUUUCCGAUAAGAAAGAUUUUGUCUCAACAACAAAUCUGUGGGUUUUGUCGCAUUAGUUGAGGUCCGCCCUGUAGGUAGAAUGCACCAAGGGUUAAAAUAUUUGUGUUUACAUUUAGGGGUCAAUAAAUAUUAUGUAAAAUACAAAUUUUUAUAUCUCAGUUUGACUAAUUUGAGCUGUUGAAGCAACUUACACAAGGAUGUGCACCCGAUACGAACGUAAAUGGGAAUCUUUUUAGCUCAAUAUUCAAACAUUAAAAUGUUAUAUUUUUAUUUCCAGGAGCAUUUGAGUGUUAUGUAUGGUUGUUUUUUUUUUGUUCAGAAUAAUAAUGUAUCCAAAACUGA